UUUUUAAUUACAUGUUUAAUUAAAAAACUGAAAUAUUAUUAAUUACAUUGAUCAAACAAAUCAAUAAAUAAUAAGAAUGAAUUUACCUAUGAUUAGAAAUGUAUAAUUACAAAAUGAUUCUACCAAAAUAAUGACUUGGAAUGAUAAUAUUAAAAUUGCAAAAUUAAUGAAUGACACAGCUCAGCCAAUUGUGAUGAAAUUAAAAGUACCUAUAACAAAUGAUUUUAAAGCUGAUGUUAAAUUAUCCAUUCCACCAGAUGCAGAUUUAAAUGGCUCAAUUAAAUAUCCUCUUUUAAUUUAUGGAUAUGCAGGACCAGGAUCUUUUCAAGUUACUGAAGAAUUUAACGUUGAUUGGGGAACAUAUUUAGUAACAAAUAAAAAUUUUAUUUAUGCUGUAAUUGAUGGACGUGGAUCUGGAAGAAGAAGUAAUUCAUUGUUAUUUUCUGUAUACAAAAAUUUAGGAACUGUUGAAAUUUAUGAUCAGAUUAAUGUUACAAGAUAUUUGCAGAAUAAAUUUCCAUUUAUUGAUGAAAAAAAAACUGCAAUUUGGGGAAUAAGUUAUGGAGGAUAUGCUGCUGGUAUGAGUAUGGCAUUGGAUGAUAAAAAUACUUUUAAAUGUGGAAUUUCAGUUGCUCCAGUAACUGAUUGGAGAUUAUACAGUAAACAAAAAAAUAACAGCUACUCAUUAAAAAUUCAUUCAACAUUCAAAAUUUUAAAAUAA